UUUGCCAUUAAAUUAGUUACUACAUUAAUUAGUUGCUUGUUAAUAAUUAGUCUUUCAUUUUUCGUAUCAUUCAUGUAAAAGCUACUAUAUAAACAACAGACAUCCAAUUUAGUAUCAUCUUUGUCAAAAAAAAAAAAAAAUUAGUAUCAUCAAAACCUAAUCUUUUCUAUUCUCUCAUCUGUAUUUCUCAGUAUAUUAUUCUUAAAAAUAAGCAAGUAAAAUGGCUGUAUCAUCCAUUUGUCCUAUGAAUCUUGCAAUACCAUCUAAACCAAUUCAAGAGUUGAUCAAAUCUACUACAGAAAAAGUGGUUCCUGAAACUUACAAAAUCCAACAACUUCCAAACAUAUCAGAAGAUAAUAAUAAUCACUCUGAGAUCGAAUACAUGAAAAGUCCAUCAAUUGAUCUUGGCCUACUUUCAGAUGCAUCGUCAAGCCAACACGAACAAGAACUGCGAAAACUUGGUUCAGUUCUUAAUUCAUGGGGUUGCUUACAGCUUAUCAAUCAUGGGUUGGAUAGUUCGUUACUUGAUAAAAUCCGAGAAGUCGGGAAGGAAUUCUUUGCUCUGUCAUUAGAACAAAAACAGAAGCAUAGCAGAACAUUAGACUGGUUUGAAGGUUAUGGAGGCGAUACAAUUUCCGAGGGUCAGAUUUACAACUGGAAUGAUAGACUGCAUCUCCGAGUUUACCCUGUUGAUCAGCGCAAUUUCAACUUUUGGCCUGAAUAUAUUCCAAAUUUCAGGGAAACAUUGGAGGAGUACGCCGUGGAAGUGAGGAGAGUAACAAAAUCCCUCUUAAAGGCGAUUGCAAAAUCAGUCGAGUUGGAUGAAGACAGCUUUCUGAAAGAGUGUGGAGAAGAUGAGGCCAUGAACUUGUUCACAAGAUUCAAUUAUUAUCCGCCAUGUUCAACACCAGAACGCGUUAUAGGCCUUAAACCACAUUCGGAUGGUACAGUCGUUACCAUUCUCCAGCAAAACAAACAAGUUGAAGGUUUACAAGCUCUUAAAGAUGAUAAAUGGUUUAAAGUUCCAAUUGUUCCUUAUGCUCUUUUCAUCAAUAUUGGUGACCAGUUGGAGAUGAUGAGUAAUGGCAAACUGAAGAGUGUGGUGCACAAGGUUGUGAUUGAUAAGGAGAAAGAAAGGAUUUCUAUUGCUACGGUAUGUACUCCGAUCCAUACUUUCACAAAGAGAUAUAAAAUAUACACGCCUUAA